AUGGCGGCCAGUGCAUUCCUGGUUCGGACAGGUAAGAAAAAAGAGCAUUUUCUCGGUAGUUGUUCAUUGUGUGGAUCCUCUACCACUGGAUUAUAUCCGGAAGACAUCUCUUUAUCUCUGAUAUUUGACUUGCUCUGAAUAUUUUUUGAAAUUUUUGAUCUUAAGCAUUCAAUUACUUUCUUCCUCAUUGCUUGGUUACUGAUUGUCGAUAGUUUGUUUACGUCAGUUUCAUAUUCGUGUUUUUGCGUUAAUAAACCAAGGCCAGACUCUUUCAAAACCAGUUUAAGUAACAUUCCCUCGUUUCCUUUUAGCUCUGCCUGCAAAUCGCGCUGUUUACGAGGGGCUUUCAUAAGUUGCUUUUAAGCAACGUUUUGUGUCCAACCAAAUGCAAAAUAAACUUAAGCGCAAUGAACCAAGGGCAAGGCUAUCUAACAUGGCACGCAAUGGCAAGAAAACUUCUAAUCGCUCGAAAGAAUAACUUACAAUACAAAAUAGAACUCUUAUGAGCUACAGUGCUAUUGUUGACAAAAAUUAUAUAAUAUAAUAAUUACCUAAUUAACCAAUUUUUCAUAUAGCCCACCUUUUUCAUAUUGUGCACCUUUGACCACCAACUUUAGUUUAUCUUGUGUUUCUUCAUUUCAAUUCCACCCUAAUUCACCUACAUUGCCUUUGCUAAUUGAUGAAAUUUCCCCAAGGUUGUUGAUCAAAACUUUUAAGGGAACAGAUUUUGAUGGCUAUUUCUUAUAUCUACUGUUACAGUUUUCAUGCAAUCCACAAAACUUCAACGCUUGCCCCUGGCAUCACCUAGAAAAACUCCUGUACGGAAAUCUGCAAGCAGUAGCCCUCAUCGCACAAUCAGCCCCGUUAAACGUCCGACCAGGAAGAAAACGAACAGCUUAUCACCAAGGCACUCAGAUACUGGGUUAGUUUCAUCAUUUAGAAAGCUGUCAAUCAGUUCCAGUCCUCAUCCACCAUCACGUUCAAAAAGCACUUCUCCCAGGAAGCUUAAGUCAAACUAUGUGCGAAAGAUUAGCACUGCUGCUGUGAAUUCAGUGGAGGAUCUUGUGAAUCUCAUCAAAGGGGACAAAUGUAAGAAUAUCAUUGUUAUGGCUGGUGCUGGCAUCAGUACUCCCAGUGGAAUACCUGACUUCAGGUAAUCAUGUUCUAUGUCAAGUUUCUCACCAUAGUGAUAGAAUGGUUAAACAUUUAAACCUUUUCACCUUUAGUUACAGUGCAACUACUCGAACUGGGGCACCUGGGAGAAGAUUAUCCAAUCACAACAUUUUUAAAAAACAAAAGAUUCUCAAGUUGUUUUUGGCAAAUGGACCAAUAAAAUGCAAGGUUCAACCAUGCAACUGUUGAAAACUAUAUAACCGUUUGAACUCAGGAAACAGCCCUCAAAUUCAUGAAAGUUAUCGGUCUGUUUGCAAAAAAACUUGAAAAUCUUUUUUUUUUUCAAAAACUGUUGUGAUUGGAUAAUCUUCUUCCAAGUGCCCCAGUUCGGUUUAACCAAGAAUAAUAUUAGGUAAACUCAAUUUCAACAAUAUUACCGGUACCCAAAAUCCUACCCCUUUUGCAAUUGAAGAAACUUCCUUGAGAUGAAAAAUUAUUUCAGACUCCAAAAAAGUCCUUGAUCCCUCAGCCUCCACCCUUAUCCGGCCCCAGUUAUUCAAACAUUGGAUAGUGGUGCUAUCCACUGGAUGAGUGUCAGGGCAACCAUGCAAUUCCAUUAUCCUUUGGCUAGAGAUUUAUCUGGCAGAUAGUGUUAUCCACCUUUUAAACAACUGGGGCCUGGAGGAUACUCAAUAUUAUAUAGCUUGCGUAUCUGAGUAGGCUUGCAGCUGAAUAGCAGAAAAUGUAGUGAACCAUCAGGCUGACUGCCAACCAUGAUCGCUGGAAUCCUUUGGCUGCCGCUUGAAUUUCCAGUUGUUGGAUCCCCUAAGCUAACUGCAAACACGAGUUCUUCACUUCAUUUAUUUCCCUUUUAUGCAUGCAGGACACCAGGGACUGGACUUUAUGAUAACUUACAGAAGUACAAAAUCCCAGAGCCAACAGCCAUCUUUGACUUAGAUUACUUCUGGUAUGACCCAAGGCCUUUCUUCUGUCUAGCAAAAAGUUUGUAUCCUGGGAAUUACCAGCCAAACUAUGUGCACUACUUUAUAAAGAUGCUUCAUGAUAAAGGAUUGCUUCUUAGAAUGUACACACAGAACAUUGAUGGACUGGAAAGAUGUAAGCCUGCAUGAUUAUGCAAAUUGUACCCUAGUUCAAAGUAAUGUGGGUCAAUUUUUUGUUUCCACUCCUGUGCAUGUUUUUGCUUUGUAAGAGCAUCACAUUUUGUGUACCAAAAAGUUGGGACUGAAACUCAGUAUUUCUAAUAGCUGUGCAAAAUCCUGCUACUCAGGGCCUAAUGUUAUAUCCCUAAAACCCAGUCUGUGGAAUGUUACAUUGGUAAGAAAAAACAAUGGGAAAGAAACAUUCUUGUUCCCAGAGCUUCGAUCCUUCUGACCAGCCCUAUGGAUUGAGAGAGCUCUGGCUGCAGGUCGAGGAUAAUGGGCAAGCGCAGUUUGUACAUUCACAAAUUUAUGAGGCUCCGCAGAAAAUCAGAAGUACUGUGAUUUGCGGCUUCCAGCUAUGGUCCCACCUAGAGCUCUCAUCCAUGGCAUUGGCCAAAAGGAUGAGAAUAAGAAAAAGAGCAGAAAAAAUUCAUAUGAGAGUGGGAGAAAAAAUUAUUGAUUUUUGCAAAAAUAUGAGGUAUACAGUAUAUGCAGAACGUAAAUCAUAAUCCUUUACAUCACAUACAUCGCAACAAGCAUAUUGUAAAAAAAAUUGCAAGUCACUGAAACUGGGAAAUUAUCAUGUGUAGAACUAAAGUGGUUCAGUCAGAGUAUAGGUAGUUGGCAUUGGCUUUAAAAGGCUAUCAAAGUCAGAAUGUUUCAGUUGUUGCUGUAAACAUUCUUCAGUAUUUUAGUUUGUAGAUACAUGUACUUUGCAGCUUAGCAACCAUUAUUCAUUCCGUCAUUAACAGUUUUUAGAGCCUAGGGUCAAUAAAAUUUUACAAGUUUUGUUAAACUUGCAAGUUUAGUCAUUGUUGUACAGUCUGAGGACAAUAGCUCUAAGGAAACUGAAGGGAAUCCAGUGCUCUGAACCUGAUAAUCUAGGGUGCUCAGAUGAUUUGUUUGAAAAAAAAAACACAAAGAUUUUCUAGUUGCCCUUUGAAGAUUAAGGGUUGGGCAACACUGGCCACUGGGCUCUGCUAGACUUGUAGUAAUUUGUCUUCUUUGGUUCACCAAUUUAGUGGCUGAUAUACCAGCAACAAAGCUAGUGGAAGCUCAUGGGACAUUCUCAACAGCCUCAUGCAUACGAUGCCAUAAGAACUAUGAUGGAGAGCAGAUAAAGGUGAGACUUAAACCAGACAAGGGGUAGUGCUGCCAAUUCUCCUACCUGACUGUAAUAUUAGCAUGUUAAUCAUAUAUAGUCCUUGUGAUGAUGAUUUUUUCAACCUAUCCCAAUCAACAUUGUUUGAAAACAUACAGCUGUUUCGAGAAAGGUUGUCGGAAAAAGUGCACGCGACAAUCCCGAAAGGUAUUGUGGGUGGUUUUUAGUUCACUGUUUUUCAAAUAAAUUUCAAAGAAUGGCCUAUCCUAAAUCAACAAAAGUUGUUUGUGUCAAACAAGUGUAUUAAUCAUAUCCCAUAUUACCUUUCAGGAUUGUCGCGUGCACAGUUUUGCGACAACCUUUCUCGAAAUAGCUGUAUACUCACAGUCAUGUAGUGUUAAUUCAUUUUGAGAGAAAACUUGGGCAUCAUAUAAGAAUCAAGAAUCCCAUUCAUUGUCAAAAGGCUACCACUUGAGGGCACUUCACACUACAUGACCUAUAAAGUAAUUUUUUCUUUAAGUAGCCAUCUCUACUUUUACUACUUUUUUAAGUCUCUGCUACAGUCUAUACAAUUAGGUUAGUUUUAAUUAAAUUUGUAAUUAACCUUAUCCUUGAUGUGUGAUGUGCACACACAGAUCAGUUUCAAUACUUUUAUAAUUGUUCUUGUGUUUUCUGCAAAACUUUUGCCUGGUGUGUUUUCACUUAGAGACAGUCCAAGAUUCACCUUUUAACCAACUUCUUGAUAGAAUUCUCUUUUUAUGUUUUUAUUUUGUUAUUACAAGUAUUGUGAAAGCACCAUGAACUGUUAGGAUACGUAAGCAAUAGACCACAUUUUCUAUGGGUUUACGGGCAUGAUAACCCACGCGGGAUGUUGGGAGAACAUGAGAAAAGCUUGUAAAUCACGGGCCAAAGGCGAGUGAUUUACAAGCUUUUCGAGUGUUCUCCCAACAUCCCAAGUGGGUUAUCAGGCCGGUAAACCCAUAGAAAGUGUGGUCUAUUGCUUUUAUAAAAUAACUUUAGGUAAAACAGAAAAUGUUCCAGUUUUCCCUGAGUUUACCGGCACAAUAAACCAUAGGUUUUUAACCAAUCAGAACGCGUGUACUAUCUUAGUUAUUUUAAAAAAUGCGUUAUAUAAUUAUCAUUUAAAGAGACAUGUUUUAAUUGGUUUUUUACUCAGAAAACAAUCAUGAAUGGAGACAUUCCCAGAUGUUCCAGCCCAAGAUGCACGGUGAGUCAUUGGUCUGUCUAAAAAAAGGGACUCAUCUUUCACAGUUACAGUAUCCAUCAAAAAAUAAUGUAUAUACUCCCUCACACAUUGUGCCAAACUCUCCAGUUUUGAUUUUAAUUUAUACGUCGAAGAGAGUUCAAAAGCUGGCUAAAUCAGAUAGAAAAGUAGACACAAAACUAAUGCAUGUACAACCCAGGUAUUACAAAAGAAUGAAAUUCCAGGGGUUUACGGGUUUGGUACUUGUACGUAACUGUAUAAAAACUCUAGGACCCAGACCUCAAACAUAUUAGUACUUAUUAAAUGCCUUGUUUCCCCCACUGUGUGCUGUAAGGCUAUUACAGGGACUGUAAAUUCCAACAAAUUAUUUUUCUUUAAAGGCAGUGACUGCAACAUAAACUCUGACAGUGAUGUUAAGUAUUGACAUUGAAACAAUGACACAGAGGCACAGAGUCAAAUGCUUCUGAGAAAUCUGAAAAUUUAUGUAACAUCAGUGGGUCUUAAUUUAUUUCUUGAUGAUGCCUUGUCAAUUAUGUCUUAUAAGGAAGUGCUUCUCACAGUACCACACUAUUACAGACACUAGUCCCAGGGUGUUCAUAAUAACAGGAGUAGCCCACUUAAUUCUAACACGACUCUGAGGCUUUCUGGUCAUUUUUCUGUAUUUGCUUUGGUUUCCUUUGUGGUCAAGUCUCUUCUGAAAAUUGCGAGACAAUGAAAACUUGCAAUUUUGUCGCUUAAGUCUUGGAGUCAGGGUAGCAUUUUAAUAUAUCGAACAUUGGCUACUAACAGUUAUGAGGCUAAAGUGUUUUUUUUUUUUUUCUGGUAGGGUGUUAUCAAGCCAGACAUUGUCUUCUUUGGAGAGGACUUGCCCAAACGGUUUUACUCAUAUAUUGUAGAUUUUCCAAAAUGUGACCUUCUUCUUAUCAUGGGGAACUUCACUGGAGGUGAGGCAGUGUUAAUAUUUUACUGGAGUCCAUAACCCAGCCAGAGCAAGCAUGCAACUUCUAUGUACUCAUGUCACCUUUCAGCAACCAGUUUAUUUUUAGAACGAAUUUGGUGCAAAUUUAGAAUAUCAUAAAGAGCUAUGUAAUGAUGGGCUCUUGAUAUCAUUUAAUUCCCAAAACCAUAGCCUGCAUUGCAGACACUCUAAACCUUCUAGGUCCAUACAAAUGGUUUAGACAAUGCGUGGGCUGGCUGCAACGCUGGCUACACAAACCAGCCUGCAAAUAGAGAAAAAACCUACGGACCUAAAAAUGUUUUUUUUACCUUUAAAUGAUGUUUAGUUUUCCAGGUUGAUAUCUUACACUUUAAAUGAGCUUAUAAUUUAUGGAGCAGAGCCUCCACUGUCACCAGAAAAUGUGCUCUCUUUGGUGGAACCUCAUACAACAAACCUCUUAUGUAACAAAGUCUUCAAUAUAACAACAAUUUUCUUUACCCCAGUAAUAGUAAAAUAAUGAAUUACGAAACCUCAUUAUAGCAAACACAUUUUGCUAGUCCCUUGGCCCUUCGUUACAUGAAGGUUCCACUGUAAAAGUUCACCGUUCUUUGAAAAUGCCCUGACAUAGGCCUAGUAUGGAAGUUUCUCCCACUGGGUUAUGGGCUCCUUCAUUUUAGCUUUCUUGGGUAGAAUUUUCCUUGUUCUGAAAAUCAUAGUUUAAAAACAAGGAGAACAAAAAUUAACAAGCACUGUAAAAGCUGAAAUUAACAGUUGGUUGUUAUACAAUACGCUAAAUUUGCCCAAUGUGCGACAAAAUCCUACCUACAGUCAGAACAGAGCAACCAGCAAAGACUAUCAUUUGAAGCUGGGGAUUGCAUAGUAUGUAUACUUAAAGAAAUAUGUAAAGUCGAUGCAAUGUAUGCCCAUCAACUUGACUGGUUUGUCCACCUAAAAUGUUCAGCUGGUCGGAAAUUAUUGUCCUUUCUUAAAAGAAUGCAGCCCUGAAUAAGCUCUGCCUGGUUAGCUCGGUUGGGAGAGCGCCGGUCUGCUGAGCGGGAGGCCGCAGGUUCAAACCCCGGCCGGACCAACAAUCAGGAUCUUUAAAUAACUGAGAAGAAAUUGCUGCCUUUGUAAAAACUUCUGCAAACAGUUAGACUUUCUAGUCUUCUCGGAUAACUGGGCGAAAAACAGUAGGUCCCAUCUCACAGCGCUGUCACUUAUCUGGUUCUUGUGGGACAUAAAAGAACCCCCACUGUUCGUAGAGAGUAGGGGACGUAGACCUCGGUGGUGUGGCCAACCUUCCCUAGGCUGGGUGUGUUAUGUGUAAGGAGAGAUCUUAAUAUAGGGAUAACCUCAUAAUCCUCCUUUAAGAGUCGUAAUGACAACCUUUAAACAGUGUAUGUAUGACUUUUUUUUUUUCAUCAGGUGGAGCCAUUUGCAGGGAUAGCAAGUGCAGUGGAUCACUCCACGCCACGUCUUCUUCUAAACCGAGAGAUCGUAGGACCUUUCUUGCGACGCUGGGAGAGAAGAUCCAAUGACAUUGUCCUACAAGGAGAUGUUGUUGAGGGAGUAAAGAAACUGGUAAACCUCUUGGGAUGGUCUGAUUCAAUGGAUACUAUAAUAACCACUGCUAGUGACAAAUGGAAGGAUCACAUGUCGAGUAUGAGUACUCAUUUGACCAGUGCUUCUGAACAGCUUGCCAAAAGUAUUGGCAAAACGAAAGAAGGGGUUCAGAAAGACAAAGUGGUAACAAGUGGUUAUGAAAAUAAGAAAUGUGAAACAGAUGCAUCAUCUAAGGCCGGUUGUGGUGCAACAGCAAAUGGAACAACAAAUGGUUCGGGAUUAAGCCCUUUUGGCACCAGAACAUUUCACUCUCUUGCCAGUGGUUUUGCAGGGAAAGGCAUGCUCUAUAGAACUCCCAAAAAUGCCUUGUUCGUGAGCAGAGAGGGCCCAAUGAGACCUAACUCGACAGUGCGGCGAGGUCCUCUCCUACCAUUCAGGUACACACAGAGGAAUGAUUUGAACACCCAAGACAAAAGCAAAGACUUCAAAGUUAUUGAUCCUAGUAAAGAUCUUGCCAGUGCUGGAUUUGGUCUUGGAAGGAGAAGUAUGGGUUUGGGCUGCUUUUUAGCAGGAACUACAGGUGAAAGCUCGAGUGACGAUGACUAAGAAAGUAAUAGCUUUUUCUAGAACAAUUUGGUCUCGUUGUAGGCCAAAGAUCGAUGUCUGAUAUAUUCCUGCUUCCGCUUCAGCAGUGAUUUAACUAAAUUAGGAAAGUUUUAACUCAUAUUUGAGAACUGGGAUAUUCCAGGUCUCCUAGAAGCAGUAGAAGGAUAAUAUAUUUAGGAGAUCGUGUAAUUUAAUAUUGAUGAUAAUAUUUAGUUUUGGGGGACGUUGCAGUAGAAUAGACGGUCAUAACAGUGGUCAUAAUGUAUCAAGGCAGACAGUUGUUCUCUUGAAAUUAACAAAUGUGGUCCACUGAGACCUAAACCUGUUUCCUCGUGGAGUCAUACAAAUGUUUAUUAAUUAGCCACCGAUCAGAAAUAAAUCAAGUUUACCAGGGACCAAGUUUUCCAUAACCGUGUGCUUACGUAGUGUUUGUGUGACUGCUUAGUCCUGAUUGCGUCUUUUUGUUACCAAAAUUUGUCGGGAAUGUGGCCACAGUUAUGCUGGCAAUGUGACAAAAUUAUCACUGGUUUUGCAAGCAAACAAUUGGUGUAGCCAAGUCAAACCAUUUCUUGCAGUUGAGAAAUCUCAGGGAAGCACUGUUAUAAAUACAGCUUCACUCUGACUCUUUGUAGUGAAGAAGGAACGAAUCAUCAUCAGUAUCAUAAUUGUCAUUAUUAUUACUAUGACUAUUAUCAUCAUCAUCAGCAGCACCGCGACCUUCACCACCACCACCACCACCACCACCAUCAUCAUCAACAUCAGUCCCUUUCCCCAUGUGACGAUGAGUUGUGG